AUGGAUACGAAGUUGCGCAGACUCUUCCAUGAAGUGCAACGACAGCUGGAAAUUCCAGCAAAGGUGUUAGAGAAAGACUAUGAGUCUGCCAGUUCUGGCAUAUUCAUGCCUCGGCAGAUUUACCAGAACUAUCGUACUGAGCUCGAACAGCUGCACGAAUGUCUAUCCGAUUUUCAGGAUGUCUGCGAGUUGUUGGCGGAAGAUAUCUAUACCGAGGAUAUAUGGAAGAACCAGAAGCUUCACGACUGGGCGAGGUCAGACGAGCCAUCGUUGCUGAUGAUCCAAGGCGGCUACGAGUCAGUCAAUCGUCUUGAGAGAUUUGCUGUAGAAGUUUGGGGGUAUCUUGACAGCCUGGAACCAACAGUCGCCACUUUGCCAUCUCCGAGUUCAGCGGACUUCUUUGAUGGAUCUGAUGAACGAGAACUGCUGCGGCAGAUCGCGCUCCAGGCUUUGCGAAAGGCUUCAGUUGAUAACCCGAUAUGUUUCCUAGCCGAUAUGGUACAACUAUUUGCAGACGCUUCAACAUGCGAAGACUGGUUCAGAAUACUCGAGAGAAUAUUCCAGAUGUUCCCAAGUUUGAUCAUCAUUAUGACGGUUACUGUUCUCGGGGAACGAGCUGAGAGCACAACGUCGUGGCCUACCCAACUGAGCAAAUUGAUGGCAAGCGUGCAAAAGACGUCUUUGACAUAUCUGAAAGUGCUACUUCUCGCAGCCCAUCCACUAUGGUCUAUACCAGAAACACACUCGCUCCUUUGGGUUGGUCCAGCACCCGACAUCGGUUCAGAUGAUGGAAUGGAGAUCAUCGACACCCAAUCGGAACACUAUCUUCCCCUUAGCUUUCCGAUUCAAAACAGUAGUAGACACGAAACAUCUGAGAGGUCGGAUGAGCCACAGGGCGACAAAAUACCAGAACAACGGGACCAGCAUACUACUGCCCAUGAGACACCGGAAGUAGGAAGGUCGGAGUUACUUCAGCAGAGUCCGUUUCCUUCUCAACCUCAGCAAAUCGAUAUAGCAAUUCUAUGCGCCUUGACCCUUGAAGCCGAUGCUAUUGAGACUCUGUUUGAUGGGCAAUGGACUGGCGUGUACAAUCGUUCCGAGGGAGAUACAAACACGUAUACAUUUGGAGUUAUUGGCCGCCAUGGUGUCGUAUUAGUCCAUAUGCCCGGCAUGGGGACAACCUACUCCGCGACCGUAGCUACUUGCUGCAGGUCGACUUUCCCUAGAAUAUCACUGGCACUAGUGGUAGGGAUAUGCGGAGGAGUCCCAUUUUCUCAGGAUGGGACAGAGUUGUUGCUCGGCGAUGUUGUCAUUAGCGAUGGACUAGUUCGCUAUGACUUCGCGAGGCAAUACCCAGAUGGCUGCUUGAUCAAAAACAGCGUGUCAGAGAGCGCUAGGAAGCUGCCGGUGGAGAUUCUUGGGUACCUGGCCAAGCUCAAAGGUCUUAAUGCUCGCGGGAGACUACGAGAACGAGCGAAUGCAUAUCUUGACACAUUAAGUGACGUGCUCGGUAUGAAGAAUCCUGGUGUCGAGGAAGAUAUCCUUUUUGAGUCGACAUAUAGACACCAGCAUCACCCUCCAUUGUCCUGCAGCAUAUGUAUUGGCAACUCAGGUGACUUGACUGGUAUGGUUUGUAAUGAAGCCCGCUCUGCAAGCUGCAAAGAUCUAAAGUGCGAUAUUGCAAAUUCUGUAGCCCGCAAGCGGCAAAGGGAUGCAACUGGCAAUCAAUGGAAUAUGUUUCCGGCGGUGCACUUUGGGAAAUUUGGCUCUGGAGAUAAGGUUAUGAAGUCGGGGGAAGACCGUGACCGUAUUGCACGUAGUGAAGGUAUAAUUGCUUUCGAGAUGGAGGGGGCGGGGGCUUGGGAUACGCUGCCUUGCGUGAUUAUUAAAGGUAUUUGUGAUUAUUCUGACAGCCACAAAGAUAAGAGGUGGCAAUUAUAUGCCGCUUCAACGGCAGCGGCCUACGCAAAAGCUUUCCUAGAGGACUGGCGGCAAUAG